AUGAAGCUCGUAUUAAGUCAUCUUCAGACGGACGAUAUGAUUGUAUGUCUCUGUUCACUUACAUUCUCCUGUAAAAUGGAAUCUUAUACAUUGGAGGAUAUUUUAAAUAAACACUUACCGGUAAACGAGUUACUAGAAGUGAAGAGAAUUUUAUAUGGAGGAGAAUUAAGGGAUUUGAACCUUCCAAAGUCCAAAGGCACCGAUGAUGUCGAAAUAAAGGGAUGGAAGUUUAGUGCUUCACCCGAGCAGCUUCGUCAACCUCGAAUAGUUCGAGUUGGUUUGAUACAGCAUUCGAUCGUACUGCCAACGACAAGUCCUAUCAAUCAGCAAAGGGAUGCUAUAUUCCAAAAAAUUACAACAUACGUGGAACAAGCCGCUGAGUGUGGAGUCAAUGUACUUUGCCUUCAGGAAGCUUGGUCGAUGCCUUUCGCCUUUUGUACGAGGGAGAAACAGCCAUGGUGCGAAUUUGCGGAGGAUGCAUCGGACGGUCCGAGUGUCGAGGUUCUUCGCAAGUUGGCACAGCGCUACAACAUGGUCAUUAUAUCACCAAUUCUGGAACGGGACAGUAACAAAGGUGACACAAUGUGGAACACGUGUGUGGUGAUCGGCACAGAUGGCAAUAUCAUUGGGAAGCACAGGAAAAAUCACAUUCCACGAGUUGGGGAUUUUAACGAAUCAACUUAUUACAUGGAGGGCGAUACGGGGCAUCCUGUUUUUGAGACUCGGUUUGGUCGUAUCGCUGUCAACAUUUGUUACGGCCGACAUCAUCCGCAAAACUGGAUGAUGUUUGGAGUAAAUGGCGCAGAGAUCGUAUUCAAUCCUUCAGCAACAGUCGGUUUACUGUCCGAGCCCUUGUGGCCAAUUGAGGCUCGCAACGCAGCUAUAGCAAACAGUUAUUAUACCUGUGCGAUAAACAGAGUUGGUACUGAAAUAUUUCCCCAUGCUUUUACCUCUGGGGACGGUGCUCCUGCUCAUCAAAACUUUGGCCACUUCUAUGGAUCGAGUUAUGUGGCUGGGCCAGAUGGAACCAGAACUCCCGGACUUAGUCGUCAUCGUGACGGUCUUCUAGUUGCCGAAUUGGAUCUUAAUCUUUGCCGUCAGACAAGAGACGCUUGGGGAUUCAGGAUGACGCAGAGACUGGACAUCUAUGCUCGAGAACUUGCAGAGGCCGUUAAGCCUGACUACAAGCCACAAGUAAUUCGGGAAUAAGGCCUUUCGCUUUUUCAAUUUAUUUAAAGCUCUUGACGUCUUCGUCUUUUAAGAGUUUGGUGAGUUGAAAAUCAACACUUUUUGUUCAUUUGAUUAAGAGACAGUCACACAUCGAAUAUUUACCUAGCUGAUGUAUCCGUAAGAUACGAUGAUUUUCCAAAAAUACGAUAAUACGAAGUAGCAAAAUCAUAAACAUAAGCUUGGAUAUAGAUUUUCAGUAGAAAAUUGCUUUAAAAUAGCACAAAUUCUAGUAUAUUCAUUCUAUUUCGCUCUACGAUUGCUUAUUAUUUUCUUAGAAUUAUAUUUGGAAAAUUUCGCGAAACAGAUUCGCUCUUCACUAGUCAAUUUAUUAUCGCUAUUCGUUGAUCAAUCUCGACAACAGUACAAUUUUCAAAGUACGAAUAUUUAGUUACACCAACGUGAUAAAAAAAAAAAAAAAGUGUCUCACCGGUGCUGUAGAAAAGAGUUUUCUGAAUAAAUUCCGUCUUUGCAGCGAGAAAUCGAAUAAAAAUACCAGAUUUUUCACCACUUAAAAGUGAUUUGACUUGAAAAAUCGCCAUCUGAGCUGUUGCCAACAACUUUGAUCAUUCCUUUUCUUUACGAAUACAUUAAUCCGAUAAAUACCCAAUGUACACUUAUCUCGUAAUGAAA